UUUUCACUCUUUUCAGUUAGUUAGGAAUAUUGAAUCAACAUCAAAAGAACUUAAGUGGGAACCAGAGCAUGUUCCUAUUUAACCUUCUCCUUCCUUUAUUCCUAAUAGUGCAAACACAAAUGAAGAUAGUUAAGAAAAUAUCCAAUGAUGAUAUCAUUACUAAAACUGAUGAGAGUUCUCAAGAAGGCAUUGGCUAUAGUGACGAAGAUGAACCUCAGCUUCUGAUUGAUCUAAAUCCAAAAGGUCCUGGUUCCUCUUUAAGAACAUCAAGUGCAGAGACAUUGAAAUUGUGUGAAGAUCCUUUUUACAUAUCCUGCCAGAUUGCUGACAUUAGUUCUGAUAUUCUUGGAAAAAAAAAUAUUCUGCUCCCUGGGAAUUUAAAAUUAAAGUUCAAAAACAAAGUUCCAGGCAAUGAAAAUGCUUACAAUUAUGAAGGAGAUGGGUCUAGUCUGAUUGUCACAUACAACCCUGCAAGCGGUGGUAUGAGUGGCACUGCUUUUACUGAGGAUGGUCGUACUUUUGUUUUGGAAAAUAUUGGAGAGGAGGGGCAUUUGUGGAAAGAAAUGGAUUCCGAAAAGAUUGAAAAUCUGAAAACUGGUAGAACUGGAAAUAGAGCCAUGGGUCCACCUAAAAUAGAUUAUGUAAUGCCAAACCAUACCAAUGUUAACAGACAAAUGGACUAUGCCUACUAUGCCUAUGAAAAUACCGAAGAUAAUGAUACCAUGGCAUACAUUUCAGUUAAAGUUUACUACACAAGAGAGUUUGCAAGAGAAACAAAUAAUGUAAAUGACUUUGUUGAUAAAAUGUUAGCUAUAACAAAUCAAGGAUUUCUCAACAGUAAAGUUCCAAUUACUGUAGUUAAGAAUUGCAUAGAAGCUGCAGAUCUAAAUGAUAUUUAUGACAUUAGAAAGCAGUUAGCUGCCUUUAUGAAACUGAAAAGGUCCUAUGGAGAAGUAAAAGAUACUGCUGAUUCAGCUACAUUAUUGACAAUGAAAAAUGAUGCUUGUGGAAUUGGUAAUUUGUAUGGUUUUUAUGAUGAUGCCUUCACAGUGGUUGGUAAACACUGUGUAGAGCACUUUGCAUAUGGACAUGAGCUUGGUCACAACUUAGGCGCUUUCCAUAAUAUUCAGGAGGGUGCCAAUCCAGAAUAUUCAUUUGGUCAUGGAAGCCUAAUGGAAAAAGCAAAACAGGGGGAGAAUGGAUACCAGUCUAUAAUGUCAUAUCCAACAUAUCAAUUUAGAAGGAGAGCAAAUUAUUAUUCCAACCCAAAAGUUAUUUUGCCUCAAAAUGGGAAGCCUACUGGAGUUGACGGGGAAACAAAUAAUGCUGCUGUACUUUUAGGAAAUAGAUUUAGGAUUGCAAACGUUGGAGAUGAAUCUUGGAAAUGUGCACUUGUCUGUAAUUCAGAGAGAUGUUCUCAAAAGGAAAAACCAAGAACAAAACCGUGGUGGGCACAGUAUUAAUUAUAUUGUAUUCUAAAUGCUUAUUUCAAGAAAAUUAAAUAAGAAUAAUGAAGAAAUCCCUUUUCGCAUUGAAAAGGUAUCAAAUCUAAAUUU